UUAAAAAUAUAUCCCUCGGCCUCCGCCAUGGCUAGCAGCAGUGGCGCCGGGUCGGCGGCAGCGGCAGCGAAUCUGAAUGCGGUGAGGGAGACCAUGGACAUCCUACUUGAGAUUUCAAGAAUUUUGAAUACUGGAUUAGAUAUGGAAACUCUGUCUAUAUGUGUGCGGCUUUGUGAACAAGGAAUUAACCCAGAAGCUUUAUCAUCAGUUAUUAAGGAACUUCGCAAGGCCACAGAAGCCUUAAAGGCUGCUGAAAAUAUGACAAGCUGACUUUCUGAAGAAAUCCUGAUGGGCUCUGUCAAGCUGUGUAAGAAGAUUGAAGAUUGCGUUGUAGUCAAGAACACACAAUGAAAUCACUGCAUGUAGCAAUGUGGAAACAUUGUCUUUUUUAAAAGAAUUAUAAACCAUAGCUUUAUAAAUCAGUGGAAAGUGGCUUACAGAGAAAUCUAUCAGUUGUGUUUACAUCACAUCUUUUUUUUUUUUUUCUUUAACUGCUCUAAUGCUUUGGCAUUGUUGUGUUCAUAUUUAUGUAUUCCUAAUUUAUAGCUCUGAUAGCUUUAAUUUUCUAAGCAGUCUGUCCAUCAGAUGUGCACAUCUGCUGUGCCUGGGUGAACUAUAGUGGAACCCCUCAGCAGUAAUGUUAUAGUUAAGACUUGUUGACAUUUCCAUUAUAAACUUAAAUUUUGAAUUGUUUAUGCAAAAUAACUGUGGAUUUAUGUUGUAUUAGGCUGAAAGUUGACAGAAUUUCCGCUACCAUGUGUGGAUUUUUGAUUUAGAUUCAUUAUGCAUAUCAGAAUCUUGUUUUUUUAUAAGAACAUGGAAAACGUGUUGUUAAUCUGCUCUUUAACAAAAAAUAUUUCUUUUCUAAACAUAAAGUUUGAGUGGCAGUUAAUAGUGUGACCCAGAUCAUAUUAAUAUUGAUUGAAAAGUAAAACUUUCAGAAAACUUAGAUUUUAAAGGUAAUGACAGUGCUUAGCUUAGUAUUAUUUGUCAUUUGAUUCAUUUAAAUUUAGGGAAGAUAUUUAAUUUAGAAUGUUUUUCUAAGUUUUUAAUUCAUAAUGAAACAAUUCCAACAUGAAAAGUCUUUUUACUUUUGUUUAAUAAAAAUAAUUUGAGUACUUACUUAAUAAAAUACCUUGAGUGGUUAUCUGGUAAAUCACCAAACAGGUGGUGACAUUCAAUAAAGUUACUAUUUUCUGAAGGAAUAAAGAUUUCCAGUCAUUAAAGAAAAAAUAAUCACAUUUUCUGCAUCAGGAAUUCUGAAUAUGCCUUUCUAAGAUCAUUUUUGUGUGUCAUUAUUUUUACCCUGUAAGUUUUAACUAAUUGAAGUGAUGGUUCAAAAUAAAGUUUAGAAAACUUA